ACGCGGCUAGGAGUCUAUCGGGUCCCGCUGCGGUUCGGGCUGAGGUGGCAUCUCUCUUCCGCCCCCCCUCGUCCCUAAGUUCCUACCCUCCGAGGAUCGCCCUCGACCUUUACCCUCGUCCAUUUCCCCCUCUCCUCCCUGCGCCAGUACCCCCGAAUCCUAAUCGCUCCACUCGUGGCGCCCCCCGCGUUUCUCCUCUCCGCCGCAAACCCCGCGACCUCCAGCAGCCCGCCCCCGCGAGCCGGAUCCUGCCUGGCUGCUCCCGCCGCAACCUCCUCAGCCUUCCCGCUCUUCUAGGGCUCGCGCCACUACACCCCCGGGUGUCUCCCCUCGGGCUUCCCGGUUUCCUCCUCCUCCCGCCCCCUCGGAGCCCCUCCUCCGCCUUGGCCAGCCGGCAUGCAGGUGUCUAUCGCAUGUACCGAGCAGAACCUUCGCAGCCGGAGCAGUGAGGACCGUCUGUGCGGACCCCGGCCGGGCCCCGGGGGCGGUAAUGGCGGGCCGGUCGGCGGGGGACAUGGGAAUCCGCCGGGGGGAGGAGGGUCGGGCCCCAAGGCCCGGGCCGCAGUGGUCCCCCGACCCCCAGCGCCCGCUGGGGUCCUCCGAGAGAGCACCGGCCGAGGCACUGGCAUGAAAUACAGGAACCUAGGAAAGUCUGGUCUUCGGGUAUCCUGCCUUGGCCUAGGUACCUGGGUCACAUUUGGUUCUCAGAUCUCAGAUGAGACAGCAGAGGAUGUGCUGACAGUAGCCUAUGAGCAUGGCGUAAACCUGUUUGACACCACCGAAGUGUAUGCAGCGGGAAAGGCUGAAAGAACCCUAGGCAACAUCCUCAAGAGCAAAGGUUGGAGGAGAUCAAGCUAUGUCAUCACCACCAAGAUAUUUUGGGGAGGACAGGCAGAAACUGAGCGAGGCUUGAGCCGCAAACACAUCAUUGAGGGCUUGCGAGGAUCCCUGGAACGCCUCCAGCUGGGAUAUGUGGACAUCAUCUUCGCCAAUCGCUCAGACCCCAACAGUCCCAUGGAGGAGAUUGUGCGAGCCAUGACCUAUGUCAUCAACCAGGGCCUGGCCCUAUACUGGGGGACAUCCCGAUGGGGGGCUGCAGAAAUCAUGGAGGCCUACUCCAUGGCCAGACAGUUCAACCUGAUUCCUCCAGUGUGUGAACAAGCUGAGCACCAUCUGUUUCAGAGGGAGAAGGUGGAGAUGCAGCUGCCAGAGCUCUACCACAAGAUUGGUGUUGGCUCAGUCACCUGGUCCCCUCUGGCCUGUGGCCUCAUCACUAGCAAGUAUGAUGGGCGAGUCCCAGAUACCUGCAGGGUCAACAUCAAGGGCUACCAGUGGCACAAAGACAAAGUGCAGAGUGAGGAUGGCAAGAAGCAACAAGCCAAAGUCAUGGACCUUCUCCCCAUCGCUCACCAGCUGGGCUGCACCGUGGCGCAGCUUGCUAUUGCGUGGUGUCUCCGCAGUGAGGGUGUCAGCUCGGUCUUGCUGGGGGUGUCCAGUGCAGAGCAGCUGAUUGAACACCUGGGCGCCCUGCAGGUGCUGAGUCAGCUGACCCCGCAAACGGUGAUGGAGAUAGAAGGGCUCCUGGGCAACAAACCGCAUCUCAAGAAAUAGUCCGUCGGGGGCGCAGGGACCCAAACCGGAGCCGCUGCACCCCCCAGAACCGCUCCCCACCCCCCAACCCCCGCCCCCGCCCCCGCCCCCGCCUCCGCCUCCGCCUCUCUCCCGCUCCGGAUCCCUCCACGCAGCGGCCGGAGCCAGGGAAGCCCCGCCCACUAACGAGUUCCGGCUACAGUAGCGAAAGCAUGAACAAAGCCAUAUCCUCCCGCAGUGGGGCUUGAGAGGGAAAGUAGUCCGCCGCCCCCUAUUGCGUUCUCCUAGGCCUCCCUGCUAAUCCUGGGCAUGAGCUACUGGGCCGUCCCCUCUCUGCCACUUGGCCUCGCUCCCUUCUCUCUUCCCCUAAUCGCCGAGGCCCAGGGGGAAAAAAAAGGCAGAUACAAGACCCAUGCAGAGUACCUCAAAAGUGGCCCUUGAAAUGUCAUCAAGGGGUAACAACCUAAUAUGAAGUGAGUUUUGAUGUCAUCUGGGACAAAGGAGAUGGGGCUCUUACAUUCGUUACAAAGGAAGCCAGGCUGGUCCUGGCAGGAAGUAAAUGAUAAUCUUUGGGAAACUAGGACCCUGCCUCAGCCAGGAGGUGGAGGAGGGCUUAAAACCACAAAGAGUGUUGAUACUUUGUUCUUGCCGAGAGGGGUAGGGUGGGGAGUGCAGUGACAAAGCACUGAUGAGGGAAAAUUGAUGGCCGAUGUAUAGCUUGUCCUGGCACAAGUGGCCAGGGAAGCCCUUGGAAAGUACGGUUGGGCCGCACUUCGCAGGAAAAGGUGACAGCCUUUAGGUCACGGCAGAGAAAUGGGGCUGACAUAAAAAGGUCUGGGGAUAAACUUUUGAGCCUUGAGCAGGACUCCCUACCUGGCAGUGGAGGACUGUAGUCUUCCUCCUGGCAAUAAUCUUAAAGCAAUAAUGAUGGCCCCUCUUGUGUAAGACUUCCCAGGGAACUGUAAAUAAAAUCUCGGCUUGAUCAUCACUUACCGCCUCUGAAAUUGCUGGGGGCUGAGAGGUUAGGAUCUCAGUCUCACAUAUCUGGGCCUCUAGCACCCUGCCAUUAGAAAGGUCCAGUACUACCUUUCCACUGCUCCUUUACCUUAGUGACCCAGGCAUCAUGCUCCUAGUCACUGCUCUCAUCAAGGACCCACGCACCUGAUCCGCCAGGCCACAGUUUUCUUCCUUAGAACCCAGAGGCCUGGCUUCAUAGCUUUGUUGCUCCUACCUCUGAUACUCACUCUUAUCCUUGUUUUGUUUUGAAAGUUAUAUUAGCCAUUCGUCUUGUUUCCCUCUUGCCUGAUACCCACACAUAAGCCAAUGAGCUGUCUAGGUGGUUUUCCUGUGGCUGAGGGGGAGGGGCUGUUCUGAGGUUGAGGCUUUGGGAUUUGGGGAAGGAGAGAGAAAAUGAAAACCGGUCUAUGGUUGAAAUGAUACAGAGACAGGGAAAAGAAAUAUUAUAAAGAAAAAAAAGAAAACAAGUCAAAGGUCAGGUGUGAGAGUGGUGGAAAAGCAGAAGCAAAUGGGAUUCUGUCAGAUCCUUACCCUUAUUCUUCCCCAAGGGACACAAAGUGGGUGGAAAGUUAUAACCUUUAAAGAUCACAAGGCAGGGCAGGAUGAGCUCUGCCUCCCUUAAAAUAUAACCUCACCAUCUCCCUUC